UUGUAUCCUUCGCAGGCCUGCAAGAAGAUCUGUUCCAUUGCUCAACCAGGCAAUAUAAGUACGACCUUAGCUGGACCGAGUUUCUUCAUCCUCGAAGCUAAUCUACAAUUACCAAAACUCUCAUCUCAUCAUUUCGCGGAAACCAUCUGAAAUGGCUCGGGACGCUCCUGCAGUCGUCUUCCUACUUUUCCUCGCUUCCUCAUUUGUGGCGGUCCAUUUCUCCGAGGCCGGGGAUGCGGACAUACUCACGGAUUUUGUGGUUCCGUCAAACGCAACCCCGCCAGUUGAUGGCAACUUCUUCACGUUCACGGGGAUGAGGGCUCUUGCUGGGGCACCCUUCCCCGCAACAUUCAAGGUCACAAAGGCCAGCUUGGCGGAGUUCCCAGCACUAAAUGGCCAGAGCGUUUCCUAUGCGGUCCUCCAGUUCCCCGCCGGGACACCCAACCCGCCCCACACCCACCCGAGAUCCUCGGAGUUGCUGUUCCUCGUGGAGGGUUCGCUCCAAGUCGGUUUCGUGGACUCGACCAACAAGCUUUUCACCCAGACUCUCCAGGCCGGUGACAUAUUCAUCUUCCCCAAGGGGCUUCUGCACUUCCAGUACAACUCUGAUGCUCAGAAAGAGGCAGUGGCCAUCUCUGCGUUCGGGAGCGCGAAUGCAGGCACCAUGUCGAUCCCCGUAACUGUGUUCACCACCGGAAUUGAUGACAACAUCUUGGCCAAGUCGUUCAAGACCGACGUCGGCACGAUCCAUGCCCUCAAGGCAGGCCUUGCACCCAAGGCAUGAGAAGAGAGCAGAGGAUCCAAUUCAAAAUGCAAAUGGGCAGCAGGUAUAAUUCUUAGCAUCAGGAUUAACAUUACAUUUUGUCGUUCGAGUUCAGUCUGCAACUAAAUUGUUUCCGCAAUAAUAAGGCAAUGAGUUCUUAUCA